GAUUAAAGCUGCUCUUCCCAGCAUCCAGCAUUGCUUAGACAAUGGUGCUAAAUCAGUUGUUCUAAUGAGCCACCUGGGUCGGCCGGAUGGUGUUCCCAUGCCUGAUAAGUACUCCCUGGAACCAGUUGCUGUGGAACUUAAAGCUCUUCUAAAAAGGGAUGUAGUAUUUCUGAAGGACUGUGUGGGACCAGAUGUAGAGGCAGCAUGUGCCAAUCCAGCCACUGGGACCAUUCUUCUCCUGGAGAACCUGCGAUUCCAUGUAGAGGAAGAGGGUAAAGGCAAAGAUUCAGCUGGGAACAAGAUCAAGGCAGAUGGUGCCAAGGUGGACUCUUUCCGUGCCUCUUUGUCUAAACUUGGAGAUAUCUAUGUCAAUGAUGCUUUUGGAACUGCACACAGAGCUCACAGCUCUAUGGUAGGUGUUAAACUGCCCCAGAGAGCUGCUGGUUUCCUCAUGAAGAAAGAGCUUGAUUAUUUUGCCAAGGCACUAGAAAACCCAGAAAGACCAUUCCUCGCCAUUCUUGGAGGGGCCAAGGUCAAGGACAAGAUCCAGCUCAUCAAUAACAUGUUGGACCAAGUGAAUGAAAUGAUCAUUGGUGGAGGAAUGGCAUUCACCUUUUUGAAAGUGCUGAACAACAUGGAGAUUGGUACUUCCUUGUUUGAUGAAGAGGGAGCAAAGAUAGUAAAAGACCUGAUGGCUAAGGCUGAGAAGAACAAAGUAAAGAUUACUCUGCCUGUUGACUUCACAACCGCUGACAAGUUUGAUGAGGGUGCCAAAACUGGGCAGGCCACAGUCGCCAGUGGAAUCCCAGAAGGAUGGAUGGGUCUUGAUUGCGGGCCAGAGAGCACAAAGCUGUUCGUGGAAGCUGUGGGAAGAGCUAAGCAGAUUGUUUGGAAUGGUCCAGUUGGUGUGUUUGAGUGGGAAAAGUUUGCUAAAGGAACUAAAGCAGUGAUGGACAAGGUGGUGGAAGUCACAAGCAAAGGAUGCAUUACCAUCAUUGGUGGUGGAGAUACUGCAACCUGCUGUGCAAAGUGGGACACUGAAGACAAAGUUAGCCAUGUCAGCACUGGAGGAGGUGCUAGCCUGGAACUGCUUGAAGGUAAAGUCCUUCCUGGUGUUGAGGCUCUGAGCAACGUGUAAUUCCUUUCACGGAAUAAAGCAAUGGUCAUGAGGGAACGGUUUGGGUCACAAUCCUGGGGAUGAAGCCAGAAUCUGAUACAACCACAAGCACCUUACUUCAGCUUAAAUUCGCAGUUCUCUAAAGGACUAACAUGUGGUCAGGUUAACUACUCGGCAGCUCCUAUGCACUGUAUUGAUGGGUAGUAAAAAUGGUUAAUAAGUGCUUUUUCCCCAUUGCCCAGCUGAUGGCUUGUCUGGACAGAGUAUGUUGUAGGCUUUUUGUGUUAUCUUGUAUUUGCUCUUAGAUGUGUAUAUAUUGCCCUAUAGAUAUGUUUGUGAUCUGUUAGGUUAUCACCAAAUGUUAAAUGUUUACUGAAAAACCUACAUGGCUCCCCCAGAAAGAUCUGCUAAAGUAAACAAAAAU